AUGAUCCUCAAGUUGCUCUUCCUUGCCUACGGGCUAUUUUCCACAGCAAAAGUAACCGCCCCAUUUACCUGGAACAACGAGACCUUCCUUCUUCAUGGCAAACCUUUCCAAAUCAUCGGAGGUCAAAUGGACCCCCAGCGCAUCCCAAACGAGCUCUGGGCUGAUCGCCUCUCGAAAGCACGAGCAAUGGGACUGAACACUAUCUUCUCCUAUGUGUAUUGGGACCAACUCGAGCCCUCGAAGGGCACAUGGGAGUCCAGCGGGAAUAACGACAUUGCUCGGUACUUCAAGACCGCGCAGGAGCAGGGGUUGAAUGUAGUUCUCCGUCCUGGUCCGUAUAUUUGUGGCGAGCAUGAAUGGGGUGGAUUCCCGGCUUGGUUGAGUGAGGUUCCUGGGAUGGUGGUUCGCGCGAACAAUAAACCUUUCCUGGAUGCCACUCAAUCUUAUAUCGAUAAUCUCGCGAAAGAUCUGGAGGCCCUUUCAAUUAACAAGGGGGGUCCUAUAUUGAUGGUUCAGGUUGAAAACGAAUAUGGUUCCUACGGCUCCGACCACCAGUACGUCGGCGCAUUGCGAGACAUGUUCAAAAACGCAUUCGGCCUACCACUCUAUACCAACGACGGCGGUGCAAAAUCGAUGCUCGAAGGCGGCCAGAUUCACGGCGCACUCGCCGAGACAGACGGUGAUCCCAAGACAGGAUUUAGUGCUCGCAACCAGUAUGUCACCGAUCCAACCAGUCUGGGUCCACAGCUCGACGGUGAAUACUACGUGACCUGGCUAGACCAGUGGGCAAGCAACAAGAGCUUUGCAACGGACUCAGGGGAUGCUCCGAGUAUCCAGCAAGUUCAGUCUGAUCUUGACUGGAUCCUGAAGCAGAAUGGCUCGUUUAGUAUCUACAUGUUCCAUGGUGGAACGAAUUGGGGCUUCCAGAAUGGAGCUGACUGGGGUGAUGCUCUGGAGCCUAUUACUACGAGCUAUGACUACGGUGCUCCUCUUGAUGAGAGUGGCAGAUCUAAUGAUAUUUAUCAUGCGAUUCGCCAGACUAUCGGAUCCCAUGUCGGUGCAGAUAGUAUCCCGCCUGUUCCGGUCGACAAGCCAGUGGUUGAAAUACCCCCGAUCAAGCUGUCGCCAUAUAUGAGUCUAUUUGAUUCUCUGCCGAAGCCUGUUAGUAAACAUUAUCCAGUCAACAUGGAGGCUGUUGGUCAGUCGACAGGAUUUAUCUUAUAUCGACAUGUCGUUGAUUCGGCCAUGAACGGUACUCUCCAACCCGGUGACUCUCCCAGAGAUCGAGUCCUUGUCUAUGUCAAUGGUCAUCGAGUUGGAGUCAUCGACAAUACAUACCCUGCACCGAGCACCGUCAAGCUAAACCUGAAGAAACACGAUGUCCUGGACUUACUCAUCGAAAACCUGGGCCGAGUCAACUACGGACCAAGAAUCAUUGACCAACGCAAGGGAAUUGUCGGAAACGUCACAGUCGGUGGAAAUGUUCUCGCUAAUUGGGAUAUCUAUCCCCUCCCAUUAAAUACACCGCCAACUCCCACAUCAUCAAAUGCAAAGACCUCACGGCCUUCAGCUGGAUCCGACCCUAUCUUCUACACCGGCACUUUCGACGUGGAUACAGUGGGGGAUACAUUCCUUGAGCUUCCAGGAUGGAUCAAGGGGGCUGUCUGGGUGAAUGGCGUGAAUCUAGGCCGCUAUUGGAUCAUUGGGCCCCAGCAGACGUUGUAUCUUCCAGGGGUCUAUUUGAGAGAGACUGGGAACAAGAUUGAUGUUCUUGCAUUGGAGCCCACAGGGAAUGAGGGUUCUGUUAGUGGUAUUACGUCUCGUAAAUGGGGGAAUCAUCCUGAUCCAGAUGCUCCAUAA